AUGCCUCCCGUCCGCCUCCGCCACAUCCACCUGCCCUGCUCACCAUCACAGGGCAUCUUCCCGAGCUAUCAGACAGCAGCGGCCUUACAAGAGUUGCUGCGACGGCGUCAGCUAGACUUCCAGGAUGCCGAAUCAUCAUCACCGUCAAGCAGGGGCCUCACACCUCCUCGCCCAACUCUCAUCUCCUUCACUCCACAGCCCACAUACACACUCGGCCGACGACAAGCCCAGACAGCCACAGCCUCAUCAUCACCCACUCCCUCGUCUUUAUCACCAGCCGAGAUAUCCCGCCUCAAAGCUCCAUUCUACGUCCGCUCCUCCGCCGCACAGUCACUGCACACCCACGGCGUGGUACCGACGAGCGAGGAGAAGAACACCACCGACCCGCCAAGCGCAGAGCACAUCUUCCACCCGUCCGUGCUGACCUCGCCCCGCGGCGGCCUGGCCACCUACCACGGGCCAGGUCAGGUGGUGCUGUGGCCCGUCAUGGUGAUCAAGUCCUCGACGCGUGCCCUGGGCCACAAGCACUUCACCGUGCGCUGCUACUCGCGCCUGCUGGAGCGCACCACCAUCUCGCUCCUCCAGCGCCUCUUUGGCCUACGGGGGUUCACUACCGACGACCCGGGCGUGUGGGUGCAGACGCCGGCGCAGGGCGGGGGCGUCGACGCAGAGGUGCGCAAGAUCUCGGCCCUGGGCAUCCACCUCCGCCGGCACGUCAGCAGCCUCGGCGCGGCGCUCAACCUCGACAUGCCCACCACGCGCGCGGCCGGCACGACGACGACCACCACCACCACUCGGGCCCGCGAGCAGGAGGCGGACAACCCGUGGGCGCGGUUCGUGGCCUGCGGGCUCGCGGGCAAGGGCGUGACCUGCGUCGAGGAGGAGCUGCGCGCGGCCGGGGGCACGGGGAUCCCGGGGCUGGACUCGGAGGUGGUGGCGCGGGCGUGGGCGGAGGAGCUGGCGAAGGGGAUGGAGCUGGGCGCGGGCGCGGUGGAGCUGGUCGGGCGGGACGAGGCCGACGAGCUCGUCGCGGUGGCGCAGCGGGAGGGCUACGUCGAUGCGGCAAGGGGGGACGAGCUCUAG